AUGAUUAAAAAACGGAAAAUGGAAAAGCAUUCACUAGAAUCUAGUACACUGGUGAGAAUUGUUGAAGCAAGGAAGCCAACUACUCGACAUACACUGAUUGUAACAAUUAUAUUGUGCAGUCUGACUGUUAUACUAAUGACGGUUGGAAUAAGUUUAAAGUUGGCUUAUGGACCAUCAUUAUAUUAUCAUGAUGAAAAUUUUUGGCUUGCAGUAACUGGACUAAUUCUAUUGGCAAUAUCCUUUCCAGUUGGUAUCACCUCAGCCUGUCUUCUCAGUACACUAUUUCGUAUUAAAGAGUAUAUUGAGUACACGGAAUUACGUAAACGUAUGCUGGAAAGUCAGGUUUCUGCAAAGCCUAAUGAAAAGAUGCUUAGCAAAUGA